CCUGCAUCAGCUGGUUAUGGUUUCACCUCCCAAUGUGCUGCUGCUGGGCAGAAACCCGCUCUGUGAGGGAAGUCUGGAAGAAAUCAAUAAGUUGCUCUUACUGUUGCUUGGAUGUGCUGUACAGUGUGAAAAGAAAGAAGAGUACAUUGAGAAGAUCCAGAGUCUUGAUUUCGACACCCAAGCAGCGAUCGCAGCUCAUAUCCAAGAGGUCACCCACUGUCAGGAGAACGUCUUUGAUCUGCACUGGCUGGAGAUGGAGGGUUUGUGUCCAGAGGAAUGGGAAAAUCUUGGCAGAAAUAUAAUCAUCGAUCUGAAAAUGCUAGUGGACCAACGAGACCGGCAGUUUGAGACUAUAGUAGAGCUGAUGCAGGGGAAUGAGAUGGUGCAGUCUGCGGUGUACACUGAAAGCCCCUCCCUCACGGAGUCCUCCGGAUGCCAGCUUCCUUUAUCCCAACAGCAUCUGCCACUGGAGCUGACCGAUGCUAAAGCCAAGAUCAAACGCCUACAACAGGAGCUGUGAGCGCGCGCACACACACACACACACACUGACCUAGACAUGCACAGACAUAAUCAAUGACCAGCUCAAACAAAUCCAGGGCAUCUGAGUUUGUAGCUCGACUGGUAGAUGGUGCUCAUCACGAGUUCAAGGUCAUGUGUUCGAUUCAGAGAGAACUAUAGCAGUUAUGUUAGCAUCCACACCAAUAGAUGACUUGCGUGCUGCAGUUUUAUAUUUUAAAUGUGUGAGCCCUUUAAAUCUGCAUGGAUUUUGAUUGGCUGUCAAUGUUUUUAUCAUUCAUCAACUGAAAUAAAUGCUCUUAA